AUGUGGGUGCUGCAGCAGUGUGAUACCCAGCCCACGCCAUGCUCGGCUCCUCGCAGGGGCUUCAGCUAUGUGGACCUGGUGGAGGGGCUGCGGGACGGUCGCUUCUAUGCCCUGAAGCGCAUCCUGUGCCAUGACAAGGAGGACCGCCAGGCUGCCCUGCACGAGGUGGAAAUGCAUGGCCUCUUUGACCACCCCAACAUCCUGCGCCUGGUGGCCCACUGCAUGGUGGAGAAGGGUGCCAAGCAUGAAGCUUGGCUCCUCCUGCCCUAUGUGAAGGGAGGGACCCUGUGGCGUGAGGUGGAAGCACUGCGAGAGAAAGGGACCUUCAUGCCAGAGCAGCGGAUCCUCCUCAUCCUCCAUGGCAUCUGCAGUGGGCUGCAAGCCAUCCAUGGCAAGGGCUACGCACACAGGGACCUCAAGCCCACCAAUGUGCUGCUGGAUGAGGAUGACCGGCCUGUGCUGAUGGACCUGGGCUCCAUGAACCGAGCUCGCAUCGAAGUCAACAGCUCUCAGGAGGCCAUGGCUGUGCAGGACUGGGCUGCCCAGCGCUGCACCAUCUCCUACCGUGCCCCCGAGCUCUUCACGGUGCCAAGCCAGUGCGUCAUAGACGAGCGCACAGAUAUCUGGUCCCUAGGCUGCGUGCUGUACUGCAUGAUGUUUGGAGAGGGCCCUUACGACGCCAUCUUCCAGAAGGGUGACAGUGUGGCUUUGGCGGUGCAGAACCCCAUUGUCGUGCCCCCCACGACCAGGUACUCGGCUGCCUUGCAGCGCCUGCUCUUCUCCAUGAUGACGUUGAACCCCCAGGAGCGACCCAGCAUAAGUGACAUCCUCCACCAGCUGGAUGGGCUGCAACCAGCGCCGGUGGGACAGGACACCACGCAGAUCUGAGCCUGUCCCACCCCACGGUGGCGAUGUGCCCCGAGGACAAGCCAGGGUAAAAGCAGCUGCCCUCGUCCCUGCGGAGCCAUUGCAGAGGGGAUUGCUGCACUCGGGGGAGAGCUGCUGCUCUGUGCCGGAGGUGUGUUGGAU